AUGGCGAUAAGAGAAGGGAAGUCUAUUCAUUGCCAAGUUCUUAGACGUGCGUUGGAAUCCAACCUUAAUGUCCAGAACACCCUGAUCCAUUUCUACUCGAGUUCAGCCAACUCGAUUGGCAGUGCUUGCCAUCUAUUUGAUGGAAUUCCCUGCCGAACCACCGUUACGAUCAACUGCAUGCUUUCUGGGCUCCUAAAAAACAGAUUUUUUUCUGUGGGGUUGAGCUUAUUCAAUAAGAUACUGGAUGGUUGUCUCGGUGAAGAACUGAGUCCUAAUGAUGUUACUUUGGUGAUUUUGAUCAGUGGAUGUUCUGAGUACGGAAACCUGAGUAUUGGGAGGUCUCUUCAUGCUAUUUGCUGCAAAUCUUUUGGGUGUUCAAUGAUUUCGGUGGGCAAUGCUCUUAUUUAUAUGUAUGCCUCAUUUGGGUGUAUCAAGGAUGCUGAGGAUCUAUUCCAUGAAAUGCCUGAAAGAGAUUUGGUUUCUUGGAAUAGUUUGAUUGCUGGUUAUAGGAAGAACGAUGAUGCUGAUAAAGCUAUAUCCUUGUUCGAAGAAAUGAGAAGCCUAGGUGUUGAUUGCGACAGAGUGACUCUGGUGAGCUUGAUUUCUGCUUGUGCUCAGAGCAAAAAUCUUGAAAUAGGGGAUUGGAUCCAUGCCAAUCUGAGAAGAAGAGCAAACAAUAUUCCCAUUCCUAUAGCAACAACUUUGAUCAACAUGUACUCUAAAUGUGGGAAGAUAGAGAUUGCAAGAAAAAUUUUCGAUGAGAUGCCCACCAGAAAUAUUGUCUCUUGGAAUUCAAUUAUUUUGGGUUAUGUUGAAAAUGGGCUUUCUAAUGAAGCUUGGAGUCUCUUUGAGAGGAUUCAAGUGGAACAGCUGAUCCCGGAUGAAGUCACAAUGCUGGGUGUAAUUUUGGCUUGCCAAAACUUGAAGGCGUUUGACCAUGGUGAUCGGAUUCUUUCUUACAUUCAGCAAAGUGGUCUUGCUGGGAGCACUGUGCUGUGCAAUGCGCUUAUAGACAUGUAUGCAAAAUUUGGGUGCAUGGAUAGAGCCAAGAGAAUAUUUAGUAUGAUGCCCAAGAGAGAUGUUAUCUCAUGGACUUCUGUGAUUGUUGGAUAUGCCAUCAAUGGUAGAGGAAGGGAAGCUCUGGAAGUCUUUCAUCAGAUGCUUGAUGCAAGGGCUGAACCAAAUAGCAUCACAUUCAUAGGAGUUUUAUCAGCCUGUGACCAUACUGGUUUGGUUGAUGAUGGUAUAAAUAUGUAUAGAAUCAUGUGCCGGGAUUAUAGCUUAAAGCCUGAGAUUGAGCACUGUGGUUGCAUGGUUGAUAUGUUUGCCCGUGCAGGGUUGCUGAAGGAGGCGGAUGAUUUUGUCAGGAACAUGCCUAUUGAACCCAAUGCAGUUAUUUGGAGGAUGCUUGUAGGUGCUUGCAGAGUACAUGGGGAAGUUGGUCUUGGAGCGAGUUUAGUUGAUAGGGUGAUAGGGCUGAAGAAGUUUUGUGAUCCUGAAGAUUAUGUCAUAUCUUCCAAUACUUUUGCUGAAUCAGGAAGGUGGGAUGAUGUAUUGCUGGCAAGAAGGCUCAUUGGAACUCAAGCAUUUCUUAGAAUGCCAGGAAUAAGUUCAGUAACUGGAGUAACAGAAUGA